AUGGGCAAGUACAAGUCGGCGUAGGUACUUCAGUAAUUGCUCUACCGAGUCUAUGGUACCACGUACAGUGCGAGACAGUUUGUACCUUCUGCAUAGAGUCAUAGACUAUAGUGGCUGGACUGUACCAAGAUACGCUGUGGGACAGUACAAGCCGCACAGUACCGGCUGAACAGCACUCUGCCAAGCCAAGUCGCGUUCAUGCUUCAGUCCUCCUUCACCUUUCACAUCGCCUGCCAGCUUCAGGCUGUAUUGUGUGUGAGAGGUGACGACCAUCCUGUCAUCACAGCUUUCAACCGUAUUUAUACGUCAUGGCAUCUAAUCCAGGCCCUGAUGCACCUGUGGCUGGUCUGGCAAAGGCAAAGGCAUAUUACGAUGAAAAACAGUAUCCCAAAGCUUCUGCCACGUUCAAACAGAUCGCGAAUUCCUGUACAUGUGGCAUGCAGGUUAGGGCUACACCGUGCUGUUGCAAGUCCCUCGUCCCCGCCAUCACCAAUGGCGCCCUUGACGCCGAGCUGAGGAAAAAGUGUAUCUGCUCUGCAAAGUCCGAUGUUCGAUGCAAAAGCCCCAACCAUCUCGAUGCAUUAGACGGGCUGGCAGCUGUCUAUGAGGCUAGGCGUCUCGUUGACAAAGCCAUCGCAAUUGCCGAAGCUAUGAUCAAUCUAGCUCCCCGCGAGCCCAAGGGAUUCCUUCGUCUUGGGAGACUUUUACGUCUUCAGCGCUCAUUUCAGCCAGCAUUCCAAACAUACCGGCAAGGAAUCGAGCUGGUGAGCAAGAAGAAUCCUUCUCACCCACUUCUCCCGACGCUGCACCAGAUGAGAGACAAGGUCAAAUGUCUCGCCGUUGCUACAGACCCUCUCACCGUGUUGCCCCUGGAGCUUGUUGUCAUGAUCUUGAAGAAUAUUGACUUUCGAACCUUAUGCCGUUGUUUAAGAGUGUCGAAGAGUUGGAAAUCGCUAUUGACUACGAAGGACGUGACAAUUCAGUCCCUUUGGCGCAUCCAACAUUUUGACCGCUGUACAAAGCCGGUUCGCCCAGGCCUGCUCCAAAAAUAUGCAGCAUACUCAGGCGCACAAGUAACCGAGCUCGUUAUUGGUAACUGUCACCAGUUCCGGGUAGAUUUGAACAUACUUCGAUGGAUUGCUACUUGUCGAAGCCUCCGAGUCCUCAACUUACGAGCGCCAAGCAUUGUAGCAUCGCCUGCUAUCGAUCGCUCCUCGAUCGGUCCUUUGUGCGUGCCUCAACUGACCAGUCUAUACCUUGGGUUCUACACAGCUUUCCAACCCGAUUUUGUCCACAAGAUCAUCGCAUCAUCAGCUGCUACACUUCAGGAAUUGACCAUCCUGAAUUUGCCGAAUCGACUCCUAGGGGGGGUAGUGCAUGUUGAGGACGAGUAUUGGCCCGUGUUGCAAAAUCUUCGUGUCCUUCGUCUGGGGAUCUAUACCAAAAGCAACGUAGGUCUCGCGGUUGUUUGCCUUCCAAGGUGUAUGCGCAACUGUCCCAACGUUGAGGAGCUCUGGCUAGAUGGCGUUGGCGUUGUUAUUGGGGACAAUCCGAGCGAACUAAUUAACGUUUGGCGUAAUGUGAAGAAGCUCUUUGUAGGAUCGCAUUUCGAAUGGGUAUCCACCAUUCCACUGAUAAUUUCCCUUUCUCCAGAAAUCGAGGAGCUGCAUCUCAUGAACUAUCGAGUAACAGCACAGUUCUUAUUAACUGCGUUCGACGAGUUCGUCACGGAUCAUAAACCGCAAAAUCUCCGCAAGCUCACUCUCCGUCCCUGGGUGCCCACUAUUGUUAAUAGCGGGUGGCCGGAAUACCUGGAAAAAUGGGUGCGGCCCAGUCUCGAAUCCGGCUCGUUGACAGAGCUAGGAAUGAUAUUUCCUAAAUCGCACCCGGACUGGUUUAGGAGCGAGCAUCUCAAAUUCCUCAACGUGAAGGGUCUGUCGACAGUCUGCGGCACGGAUCCCUACAAGAUCGACGAGGCUCUGGCUGACCUCCUUGACCGCUUUCCCAACCUAGAGGGCCUAGAUGUCUCGCAAGAACCCCUGAGCAAUACUGCGCUAGCCAAAGCAGUCCGAAGAGGGGUCAAGCUCAUAUAUCACAGGGGCGAUUACAAUCUACGAACUGAAGUUAGAGAAUGGGCCCUUCAGAAGCACAACGCGCGUAUCGUCGAGGGCGACUAUAUCACUAAUCUACCGAUGUACCCGCGCGAUGAAAAUCAUGGGACGUUUUAUUAGAGGCUAUUUUAUAUUGACGUGGGGUUUGGCCAUACACCUGUGACGAUCGGAUAGUGAGGAACCUCGAGUCUUGUAUACCCCGAUCCCCCUAUUUCGGCGAAAAUUGUCUGCUUUGGGACCUCGGCUGGUGUCUCCACGAUGUAUAAGAAUAUGUAUGUUUGGGAACAUUCAUCAAUUCUGAUCGCGGUGCAUAGCGCAAUACUUUGACGAACGGAGCAGGUAUUGUCGAUUAAAUAGCAGUGAAAAAUCAGGCUCUGGAAAGGGUUCGUCAAACGGGUCAUGAUACCUACCUACUUUGUCGAAUUCGAGAUACCUUAAUUGACACCAUUCUUCACCAGUACUUUUUGCUAUACAAAAUCACGCCAAAAUUAUAGGCUCAGUGCAAUCCGUUGCACUAUCUCGAAUAUGACUAACAAUAUCAUUGACAUGUACACUCAUCAUGAUUACAUGUCUAAAGGCGCUUUUUAGGAAUGAUAGAU